GCCCGCGGCACCCGCCCGCCGCUCGCCGACCGCCUCCGGGCGCUCCGCCUAGAGCUGGCCUACCUGCGAGCGGUCGAUGUGAAGAUCUUGCAGCAGCUGGUGGUGGUGAACGAGGGCAUCGAGGCGGUGAAGUGGCUGCUAGAGGAGAGGAGCACGCUGACCAGCCGCUGCAGCAGCCUGGCCAGCAGCCAGUACAGCCUGGUGGAGAGCCAAGCGGCCUCACGGCGGGGCAGCUGGGACAGCCUGCAGGACCCCAACGACAGGCUGGACAGCAUCUCCGUCGGUAGCUACCUGGACACGUUGGCUGAUGACAUGGAUGAGUAUUCCCAAAACGCUGCCGAAACCGCUGCUGUAUCCGCACCGGGCAGAGCCCUGGUCAGGGCGGAGCAGGAUUGGGUCAGGAUUGACUCCGAGAGGGGUCUUCCAAGGCAAGAGAAGGGCAAAACGGAGUACGAGUGGCCCCACGUGGACCUCUCCCCACCCGGGCUGCCCCAGGAUCACCGGUUUGCUAAGGAGCCCCAGGUGGCCAAUGGGUAUUUGGGCCAGCAGCCCUCCCCUCUGGAACCAGGCAGAGACACCAAAUUGCCAUCAGGGGCCGGGGAGAGGCUGGGGAAGGGGAACCCAGGUGGGAAGGCUCGGAAAGCCGAGGCUGACUUGGAGAACUGCAAACUCAACAGCAAACUGCACCUGGAGUAUGAUGCCCACUGGCGCUGGCUCCAGUCUCAGGACGACGUGACGUUCUUGUAG